AUGUUGAGACGGCUACUGCAGCCAACCCCCCCAGCCGCUUGCGAACAGCAGCAGCAGCAGCAGCAGCAGCAGGUGCCUCCACUUGCUGCAGCAGCAGACUUCGUGGGUUUAAAGAUCCUUGGUGGAGGAGCAGCAGCAGCAGCACCGGAUAGCGCAGCAUACGACUCAGCAGCAGCAGCAGCAGCAGCAGCAGCAGGGGAGAGGCAGCUAGAGGUAGAUGAUGCUGCUGCUGCUGCUGCUGUUCCUUUCAUCAACAGCAGCAGCUGGAAGAGAGCUCUAGCAUACAGCUACGGACCCCGAAGCGGCGAGCACGAAAUGCGUAAAGUGGUUUCAAGAGUGGCGGCAGUGCAAACAGAAAACACAAACCCUACAUUGCAACGCCAGACUAUCAGUACUCCUAAGCAGCAGCAGCAGCAGCAGCAGCAGCAACCGCAGCAGCAGGAGCCAUUGGGAAGUGCUGCUGACAUGCUGUCUGCCUGUAUCGCCUUUGCUGCUGCUGCAGCAGCGUGA